AUGGAACCUCCUCCCAUAAGCGCACUGUUUCUCGUCACAUUCGACCAAAGAGUAGGCUACACCAUCACCUGGAAACGUUCCCUCCCUGACCUCGACCUCAAUGGCGCCGAGUACAAAUCCCUUCCCUCGGGCCUGCAUGCCGUCCAGGAAGAUCUGAUCUACUACCGCCAUGGCAACUUCUCCGGCGCAAGCGUAUUCCUCCGCGGAGAAGCCGAUGCCGAACAUCGCAAUGCCAAUUUCGUGGCUGUGGGCGUUCUGGUGCCGCUGAGUGGAGCUUUGGGAAGGGUCUGGGAGCACGCGGAGGAAUUGAGAGGAUUGGCAAAGGGGAUAAUGAGGAGUGCGGAAGAUACCAAGGAAUUGGAGGCUUUUUGGGAGAAGAAGAAGGUGGCAGGUGAUGUGUCUGGGGAUGGCAAGAAAAGGAAGAGAGGAGGGUCGGAAGCUACUCUACCUGCGUUUGACUUGAGCAAUGCAUGGACGAAAGAACAUCCGGCUUUGGCGGUGCCCGAUGUGAUGGAUCUCUUCGGACCGCUGUUAUUCCCACUACAAAGAGCUGUGCUGGCGAGGAAGAGGGUACUGUUCCUGGGGAGUGCGCCAGUGAGGAGAAAUGCGCUGGCUGUGUGGCUUGCUUCUGUCUUGGGGAAUGUAUCGCGGGAGGUCGAAGGAGGUCUUGAUGCAGGCUUGCUGAAGACAAUGCCGCUGUUUAGCGUCGGGAUACAUGACAUCUCCACUCUGCCGGGUCAAGAAGACGGAAAUGGCUGGUUGGCGUGCACGACGGACGAUAUCCUGGGCGAGAAGAAGGGUUUGUGGGAUGUUCUAGUGCGCCUUCCGUCACACACAUCUCCGAACAGAACAUGGCCAAAACUAGAGACAUCGGAUGGGAGGAUCAUCAAGGCUUCCCAGCGGGACUCGAGGAGAUGGAAGCUUCUACGAGGAGAACUCCGAAGACUGCGAAUCCAGAUGUGUAGGAGUUACUCUGACGACAUCGCGGUGGAGAGCGUGGACGUAAACGAGGAUGACCAAAGACCUUUGCUGGAACGACGGACGACCAGUGACGGUAUCGAUGGAUUGAACUUGCAGGAUCGGGACGAUGACGAUGAAGCCGUGGCAGCUCCUACGUGGACAGCAGUUGCAUACCGUGGUUUCAUGUGGUKGGCUUCUGCUGGAGAGGCAAGUGCGUGGGAGGAAGAUGAAGCAAAGGCUGACGAAGAGCUGUUGUUCGAUCUACCUGAUAUGGGCGUAUUGUCUCCCACAGCUGAAAGAAAAUCUGCAGCUGAGAGUGAGGCUGAGUAUGCUCGUGCUACGGCUACGGUAUUGGUUGCCUACUUCCGCCGUGUCACGGAGAGGAUACUUGGCGUCAUGUCGAAUAUCGUGGAGGAAGCGGACGAUGAUGCGGAGGAGGGCAUUUCGAAUGAUGAAGUUGAGAUCACCGGAGAUGAUCUCCGGCAAAUGGGACUUGAUCGAUGGAGUGAUGCUGAUAGGGCAUUCUUCGUGCAGGAAAUGAUGACAACGUGGUUUGCGAAGAAGGCAGUAGUCACUGACGAGGGACUGACUCUCUGCGGUGUAAGACUGUGUUGA